AUUUUGGAAACGCCCAUUGAUGAUAUAGGCUACUAGUUCAACAUUAGCAGCGUCUUUGGAAGCUGACGGUUUUGCCAUUAUAAAUCUGCCUACACAUAAAAUAUAUCGAGAAGAGAAAAACAUUUGCACUUACUAAUCCGCACGAUGCUGUUUCUGUGAUGCAGUUAUUUUCUCGUGAAGGAAUAUUACAUUUCCGUUGGUGACCAUGGAACAAAGGAAAUAUGAGGCACUACGGUGGGUCUGUGUCGUGGUUGCUGUGCUUUUGUGGAGCGUGGCCUCAGCGCAGAUACGAUAUUCCAUCUCUGAGGAAGUAAACGAAGGAACUGUGGUCGGAAAUGUUGCAAAAGAUCUAGGAUUAGAUAAAAGCACGCUGAAUGAAAGGAAGUAUCGGAUUGUUUCUAGUACAACGGAUCCUCUAUUCCACGUAAACCAGAACGAUGGCAUCCUGUAUGUGAAUCGAAAGAUUGACAGAGAAGAGGUGUGCGCGCAGAGCAGUACGUGUUUAAUAAAUCUGAAAACCGUGCUCGAAAACCCGCUGGAGGUACACUACAUUGGAGUUGAGAUUUUGGAUGUAAAUGAUCAUUCACCCAGCUUCCCAGACAUAGAGAAAACGUUAGAAAUUUCAGAAUCUGUGGUAAGUGGAACGAGAUUUCAGCUACAAGCCGCACGAGAUCCAGACAGUGGUCAUUUCUCCGUGCAACAAUAUAAACUUAGCCCAAACGAUCACUUUCGUUUGGAAGUGAAGGAUAAGGGAGAAGAUGGAAAGAUACCCAUUUUAACUGUGCAAAAAUAUUUGGAUAGGGAGGCAGCGGGAAGCCAUUCAUUAGUGCUGACCGCACUGGAUGGAGGGAAACCUAUCAAGUCUGGCGAUAUGAAUAUUCUUGUAAAUGUUUUAGAUGUUAAUGAUAAUGCGCCUGUUUUCUCUAAAGACGUUUAUUCUGUGAUGCUCGAUGAAAAUGCUCCUCUAGGUACAACAGUCGUGCAAGUAAAUGCAACAGAUUUGGAUGAAGGACCAAACGGAGAUGUUAUUUACUCAUUCAGCAACAGCGUGAAUCGUAAGUUAUUUAAACUGUUUGAAAUAAUUCCAUCAACAGGGGAGAUAAUAGUGAAAGGUUUAGUAGACUUCGAGCAAAAGGACAAAUAUGAAAUCGAAAUUCAGGCAUCUGAUAAAGGUCUCGCUCCUCUUACAACAGAAAAAAGCGUCAUUAUCAAGAUAGUUGAUGUUAAUGAUAACGCACCUGAGAUUGAAGUUACCUCAUUUUCAAGCUCCAUCCCUGAAGAUUCCAGACCAGGAACUACAGUUGCCCUUAUCAGUGUAAAUGAUUUGGACUCUGGUCUGAAUGGAAAAGUUAUUUGCUCCAUAGAUGAGGAUGUUCCGUUCACUUUAUCACCAUCCUUACAGGACAAAAUGUAUUCUUUGGUCACCAAAUCCCCUCUGGACAGAGAGAAAAGGUCACAAUAUGACCUUACAAUAACUGCAAAAGACGCUGGUCAUCCUCCAUUAUCAUCUGAGAAAACAAUUAGCGUUGUGGUGUCAGAUGUGAAUGACAACAGUCCAGAGUUUUCACUGAGUCCCUAUACUUUCUAUGUCACUGAGGGUAACAAUCCAGGAGCCUCAGUGUUUUCUGUUAACGCGUCUGAUCGUGAUGAGAACGACAACGCUCUCAUUUCAUAUCAUAUUGUCAGAGACAGAAGCGAAGAAAACAAAGUGGCUUCAUUUCUCAACAUAAACUCUGAAAACGGAGACAUUUUGGCGCUAAAAAGUUUCGACUUUGAAACUCUGAAAACGUUCCAGUUCCAAGUUGUUGCCUCCGAUUCUGGAACUCCGUCACUGAGCAGCAACGUCACAGUGAACGUGUUCAUUCUGGAUCAGAACGACAACGCUCCAGUCAUCCUGUAUCCAGUCAGCUCUAACGGUUCUGCUGAAGGUGUGGAGGAGAUUCCCCGCAAUGUGAACGCAGGACACUUGGUGACUAAAGUCAGAGCCUAUGACGCUGAUAUAGGAUAUAACGGCUGGUUACUCUUUUCACUGCAGCAAGUCACUGACCACAGUCUCUUUGGUUUGGACCGCUAUACAGGACAGAUCAGAACACUUCGCUCCUUCACAGAGACAGACGAGGCUGAGCACAAACUGCUCAUACUGGUCAAAGACAAUGGGAACGUGUCGCUCUCAGCAACAGCUACUGUGGUGGUCAAACUUGUGGAGCCCAAAGAGGCUUUUGCAGCUUCUGAUGUUAAAAGUUCAGCCAAAGAUGAGGAGGGGACCGACGUGACUUUUUAUCUUAUGAUAACUUUGGGCUCAGUUUCUGUACUUUUUCUCAUCAGUAUCAUCGUGCUGAUUGCAAUGCAGUGCUCCAAAACCACAGACUACACUUCUAAAUAUCUGCAAGAGACUAAUUAUGACGGGACACUGUGCCACAGCAUCCAGUACAGAUCUGGAGAGAAACGGUACAUGUUAGUUGGACCCAGAAUGAGUAUAGGAUCUACUAUAGUCCCGGGCAGCCACGCGAACACACUAGUGCUCCCUGACAGGAGGAGGGGAUCUGGAGAGGUAAGACAUUCAUAA